AUAUAUAACACAACCUUUACAGUGGUGCUUGAUGUUGAAUCUAACAGUAAGUAAAACAUCUCUUGGAUAUGUUUAUCUUCAUGGAAGUUCAUAUUUCCGAACAAAAACAUGUAAAGUGUGUUCUCAUUUUUUUGCACAGUUAACAUAUCUGCGCAUAUCACUUCACCACACAUGAGUGAAGUUUUUUACGUUGAUCUGGGCUCACCAAAGGUGAUUGAUUGUAAAGCUGUGAUGUAUUCAAACUAUGAAGAGGUGUUCUGGUUAAGUGGGGAUUCAUUUGUGGACACUAACACCAGCGUAUCCGUUUACUACAAUUACACAAGUGAAUAUGAUACUGAAGGAAUAAAGAUGACAGCAUCUCUGGUCUUCAAAAAAGUGUCAGAGGAGGAUCUAUCAAAAAACUACACCUGUAAACUGGAAAGUGACAGCCAACCUUCCAGCUUUGUCACCAUCACCUUGGCACGAAAAGCUUCACCUUCCCCUCACUACCUGGCUCUCGGCAUUGUGAUUAUCGUGGCGGUGAUUGUUGUAACAGCACUUAUUUAUGUGAAGUUAAAAAUGGACAUCACUCUUUUUCUGAGAGACACUCUUGCUUGCUGCAGCAGUAUUUCAGAUGGAAAGAGCUACGAUGCCUUUUUGAUGUCUUACAAGAGCGACACAGACGCAGGGCUGAAUGAAGAUGACAGAAACCACCUGGAGAGUGUUCUGGAAGAGACAUUUGGUUACAGUCUCUGUCUUUAUCACCCUGAAUCUGUAGCAGAGGCAGUGUUAGACUGUAUAGAGCAAAGCCGGACGUUGGUUUUGGUUCCCACCUCUUCAGAUCCUGGUCCAGAAUCUGGUCUGCUGAGUGCCAUCCAUGAAGCUCUUGUGGAGCAGCAGACUCGCUUGGUUUUCAUCAAAACUGAGGCAACAGAUGUGUCAAGCUCUGAUUCAUUACCAGAGGCCUUACAGCUUCUUGGCAAGGCUGGAGACUGUGUCACCUGGAAAGGCGAAAGUUCCAGGCCACUCUCCUCCUCCUUCUGGAAGCAGCUACGCUAUCACCUACCUGCCCUGCAACAUGCACCGAAAAUAACACGUUUACCUCAGACAGCUAUCGAGGAUGGUAACUGUUGAAAUAUUUAGCAAAAUGAAGAAUCAAGAUAUCAAUGUUCAUAAUCAUUUGAAGCUUUUUUUCCACCCCUUCAUGACUUAUUACCUCAGUAACUUUAUUUAUUACCUUUUUAAGCUCUUGAUUGGUUGAACACACACAGCAUUAAGCAAAUAAGACUUUUUCGACAUUUUAACUUGUCACUGAAAAAACAAAACAUAGAGGGUUGUGUUGUAAAACCAGAAAGAUAAAUGGAAUUCAGUCAAUCAUUAUUUGUAAUAUUUACAUCUGUGCUUUAUCUACAGGGACAUGUUAAAUGUCCACCUCAGACAACUGUAUGAUUUCUGGUGUAUCAGUACUUUCAAGCCUAUUUUAAUAUACAUUUUUUAUACAUCAAUGUGGAAUUAAUGGUUCGUGUUUUUGUCUCUCUACAUUUGGUAAAUUUAAAGAAAGAGAAGAAAGAAGAACAAUUUUUUAGCUCAAGACACUGAUGUUUCUCAAGACUUGCUGAAUAUUUGGCUUCAUCAGGUGGCUAGAGAGACAUAGUUGCUCCACGUUUGCUGAAUAAAUAGCCCAUUGUUUGCUCAUUAACUUUUACAACCUAAUAAGCAGGUGACCUGAGGAGAGCAGUUCAUAUGUGAGCUUCUGAUGUUCUUCUGUCACCUAGUGGAGGAGUCUAUAAAUGCAACUACAAAGAAUAGAUGUCCUGAGAAACACAUACACUGAUCAAUAUUACAGCAAAAUCUAAAUCUCCUCUAUCGCAGGAGACACGGGUUAGUAAAAACUGAACAUAUUUAAACAUCCUUUUCUUGACCAGUCAUUGUUGUGAAUCCUGGUAGAUUUAGUGACAUCCAUGGUUACUGUGGGAAGUUUACUAUGAUUCUGGAGGCAGCUACUUUGUUAUUAGAAGAUAAACUGGUGCAUCUCUUGUCAGUGAGCCCAAAAAAAGUAAGUCAAUAAAAAUUGCAACUGAAAUCUGA